AUGGAACUCAACCGAGAACAUUUUUGCGCCAUAAUUUAUUACAAUUUUCAGAGUCAAUUAUCGCAACAAGAAUGCCUUGCUGAGCUACUGUCUGUUUCCGGCAACGAAGCGCCACAACAGUCGACAAUUUCCCGUUGGUAUGGACAAUUCAAACGUCUUAGCGACGGUCCCAGGGUGGGUGCACCAAAAACGGCAGUCAUCCAGGAAAACGUCGAUGCUGUGCGCAAACUCAUCAUUGAAGAUAGACAUGUGACAUAUCGCGAGAUUGAGGCACAAUUAGUUUCUCGUUGGAUACCCCACCUGUUGACUGAAGAGCAGAAAGCAGCCAGGGUUAAUUGGGGUCAAAAAACGCUCGACCGUUUCAAUUCCGGAAACUCAAAAAAUGUGUACAGCAUUGUUAGUGGUGAUGAAUCGUGGAUUUACUGUUAUGAACCAGAAAAUAAACGACAGUCGGCUGUUUGGGUGUUCCAAGGUGAAGAACACGAUGCGGGUCAUAUUGCAACAAUUCCUCUUCAUGAACAAAUAACUGUUACUGUGGAUUGGUAUACCACCAUUUGUUUGCCAAAAGUCAUCACCGAGCUUCGAAAAAUCAACCCCGAAGGAAGAAUCAUCUUCGACCAAGACAAUGCAAGCCCGCACACAGCCCAGAAAACAAGGCAGUAUUUAACGAAAGAAAACGUGGAAUUAUUGGACAAUCUUCCAUAUAGUCCCGAUCUAAGUCCUAACGAUUUCUUUACUUUCCCGAAAAUUAACAACACACAGCGUGGUCAAAGGUUCCAGUCACCAGAAGAAGCAGUUGACGCAUUCAAAAAUGCCGUUUUGGAUUUGCCAGAAAACGAGUGGAAUAAGUGCUUCGAAAAUUGGUUCGAGCGCAUGCAGAUGUGUAUUAAUAUUCAAGAAUCGCUUUUACCAGUGAUGGAAGAAUGUUUGACAUCCGGCCAAGAAUUUGUGUUUCAGCAAGAUGGUGCAGCGUGCCAUACCUCAAAAAAGCCUAUAAAAUGGAUGGAAGAAAAUAAUGUACCACUUUUGAAAUUGGUUUCUAGCAGUCCAGAUCUGUCACCUAUUAAAACUUUGUGGCACGAGAUGAAAAAGAAGUACUAA